AUUACACAGGCUUUAACUACGAUUAAGCAUACACUUGAACCUUUGGUUGGCGCACAUUGCAAUUGCAGCCAUCUUGGCGACCUCUUCGCCGCGUGACAGUCGCUAUGAGUCGAGGACGUGGACGUGGACGCGUGCGCUUCGGCGGCAGCCGAGACUCGAUGCUGGCGGAUAUUAUGGACGAAACGCGCGAGGAUCUGGGGCUCUCGCACACGCAGAUGGAGCUGCUUCACGCUGAAGCUGGUGAAUCAUUGUACCCACCCAUGGAGCUACCGCAGCCUGAGGCAUUGGCCGACCGUGAGGCUUAUUUGAUCCAAAGACAGCGCCUCUUGGCACACAAGCUCGAGAGUCUGUACCACCCGUGGGAGGCGGAUCCAGCAGGCCCUGAUGCUGGUCACAAUGCGUCCGAUCCAGCAGCUUUCGUACAUGUGACAGUGCCAGAAACACAGAAGGCUAACGAGGUAUACGUGCCUGAAGAGCUGCGCGCCAAUUCGCUCAGUGGAGUUCGCACAUCUGCAGCCAGUUCAACUAACCGUGGCAUCAUGCAACCACGAGCAUUCGAGAAUGUUUUCAAGUCGUUAGAAGCUCAGGAGAAGAAAAUUGCAGCCGAUAAGGCAAAGGCGGCGGAGCAUGAGGCAGAUGACGGCGACAUGGACGACGCUGAAGAAGAUUUCGGCGACGAUAUGAACGACUACACUUUCGACUACUACGACAGUGACGCUGUAAGCAACGAAGGCGAUGAAGAAGUUUUCUUCUAGACCAACAACUAGCGCAGCGUCCAAAGACGUACGGUUGGGCACCGUUAUUUAUGCUCUCACCUCAUAGACGUCCACAUAGUUUAAAACGCAUCGUUUAAAACUGACUUGUGUAUAAAACAAGAACGGGGUAUUAAUGCAGUCGCUACAUCGACUGCGCAAUAUCAGAUGAAGUUGAAAGCUA